AUGGGCUAAAGUCUUUAAACAAAGGGCUAUCGGAUACAGGGCUAUAUCAUUUUUACUGUCAAAUUGUCUAAUUCAUUCUUAGUGAAAAGUCUCGACGACUUUGUCAAAAUCUACAAUAAAUAUAUUGAUUUAUUAUUACAUAUAUAAAUCGGAUUAUUUACGACAUGGAUUACGUAAGAUUGGAAUCAAGAGACGGAUAUCUAAUCACCAUCGAUUUCAAAGUCCUGCAGCGAUCGAAGGUAGUUCAACAAAUGUGUUCGUAUUCUUAUGCCGAGAAUAAAGACACAAUACUUCCAAUGCAUGGCAUCAAUCAUGAUAUACUACUGAAAAUCCUUCUCUGGCUGGAGUACCACAAAGACGACGAGGAACCAGCGUGGGUCCAGAGCAAAGAGGAACCCACCGACAUCGAGCGUCAGAUCGAUGACUGGGACAAGGAGUUUCUACGUGAAAAACUCUCCACUGUUCGGGUUAUCAUGAAGGGUGCCGACUACCUUGAUAUUAAUUGGCUGUUAAAGCUUUGUGCUCGCAAGUUACGAAUUCGUGGAUCCGCCGAAUUAUACCUACGUAUUCUGGGAACAAUUUCGCCCAUUGAUUAGUUAAUAUUAUGUUAGAAGUUCUCUAUUUGUACACUAUAUAUAUUUGUAUAUGUACACG